GGGGAGCGACCACCACCACCAGCACUACCUCUGAGGCCUGGCUGAUGAAAUAAGGCGAGCGAACUGAACUGGCAGCGCUCGAAUAACUGGGCCUAACCGGCCACCCGGAAGAGUAACCUGGCUCGGGGCGGCCCUGGAGACGCGCCUGGCUUCGGGGUCGGGCGCUAAUGUGCCUCACGUUCUAGGCCUCACCGGGUGAGAAGGUAAACUGGGAGGAAGGCGGCGGUGGCGGACGAGACCAGAUGCCACCCUGGAGCGGGGAGUGGGCCAACGGAAAGGGUUGGAAAGAGGCUGUUUUAGCAAGUGUCACGCCAUGCUUUUGCCAAGUUUCCGAUUAAAGACUGACAUUCCUGCAUGAACAUUUCCCUGUUAAAAUGUCCUUGCCUCUUACAGAGGAGCAGAGGAAAAAAAUUGAAGAGAAUCGGCAAAAGGCUCUGGCCCGUAGAGCUGAGAAAUUAUUAGCAGGACAGCAUCAGAACACAGUCUCGGGCUCCUCCAUUGCUGCCAAACCUUCCCAGUCCAAGCAGGGCCCUUCCACAUACCUCCACCAGGAUCCUUCUAAGUCAGGGAGCCAUGGUGUCGUUUUCAAGCAACAGAAUCCCAGGAGUUCAUCUGAUGGUGAUCAGAGACCUCAAAAUUCCCACAGUUUUCAACUCAGCACCUCAGAGCAGGCAAAGGGGACAUGGCAGAGGCAAGAAGAGAUGCCCACAGCCUGCCCGAGCCACCGCCCACCAAAUCAAGUGACUCUCGCUGGGAUCUCCCCUCCCUUGGCAAACAGUCCUCCAGUGGUCUCCAGCGAGCAGCUCUGGGUUUAUGGGUUAGAGCAAGGUCAGAUUCAGGCUUCGCACAAGACCAAAUCGACACCCUUUGUUAACACAACUCAUGAGCCUUUGGCCAGAGCAAAGAAUUUCCAGGAUACGACAGCUUCUUCCUCUGGACAACCUCCCAGGGAUCCUGAAUUAGAGGCCAGGAUGGCAAGACCCUCCACCUCUGGGCAGAACGUUUCAGGGAGUGUGAUGCCCAGGCCAGAAGAAAGACUACAACAGAAAUCAGGGACCCCACUCCACAAAGCAGCAGGCUCCCAGCAGGGAACAUGCAUAAAAAUCGGUGAUCGUUUCCAGGUGAAGAUUGGGUACAGUGAAGAGCUCAUUGCAGUGUUUAAGAGUCUGCCCAGCAGACGUUACGAUCCUGCCACCAAGACGUGGAACUUCAGCAUGACCGACUACGGUGCCCUGAUGAAAGCAGCCCAGCACCUCCAGGCUGUCACCCUGCAGCCUUUGGAAGGGGCCGAGGGCCACGUGGAGUCACCCUCUACCAGCAGCAGCAGCAGAAUUGCAGCCCAGACCUGCCUUCCUGUAGCUCCCUCCCUUGCCUUUGUCAAAGGGCAGUGCAUACUCAUCUCCCGGGCCCGCUUUGAGGCAGACAUCAGCUAUUCCGAAGACCUGAUUGCGCUGUUUAAACAGAUGGAUUCCAGAAAAUACGAUGUCAAGACCAGGAAGUGGAACUUUCUCCUGGAAGAGUACAGUAAACUAAUGGAAAGGGUGCGCUGCCUUCCACAAGUUCAGCUGGAUCCUCUGCCCAAGACCCUCACCCUGGCUUUCGCCGCUCAGCUCCAGAAGACGUCUCUGUGUCCCGUGGCAGACAUCCCCGAGGCAGACCUGUCCAAAGUGGAUUCCAAGCUGGUGUCGAGCCUGCUGCCCUUUCAGAGAGCUGGAGUCAAUUUUGCCAUAGCGAAAAGAGGCCGCCUGCUGCUUGCUGAUGACAUGGGCCUGGGGAAGACCAUCCAAGCCAUCUGCAUAGCCGCCUAUUACCGGAAGGAGUGGCCGCUCCUGGUGGUGGUACCGUCCUCUGUGCGCUUCACCUGGGAGCAGGCCUUUCGUCAGUGGCUGCCGUCUCUGAGCCCAGACCACAUCAACGUCGUGGUGACCGGGAAGGACCGCCUGACAGCUGGCUUGGUCAACAUUGUCAGUUUCGAUCUUCUGAGCAAGUUAGAGAAGCAGCUAAAACCCCCUUUUAGAGUUGUCAUCAUUGAUGAAUCUCACUUCCUCAAAAACAUUAAGACUGCCCGCUGUCGUGCAGCUGUGCCCCUCCUCAAGGUUGCCAAGAGGGUGAUCUUACUGUCGGGCACCCCAGCCAUGUCCCGGCCGGCAGAGCUCUACACGCAGAUCCUCGCCGUCAGACCGACCUUCUUCCCUCAGUUCCAUGCCUUUGGACUUCGCUACUGUGGUGCCAAGCGGCUGCCCUGGGGAUGGGAUUAUUCAGGCUCCUCCAACCUGGGGGAGCUGAAGCUCCUGCUGGAGGAGACGGUCAUGCUGCGACGCCUCAAGGGCGACGUCCUCUGCCAGCUCCCAGCCAAACAGCGCAAGAUGGUGGUGGUCGCCCCAGGCCGGAUCAGCGCCAGGACCAGAGCUGCCCUGGAUGCCGCGGCCAAGGAGAUGACCACCAAGGAGAGCACUAAACAGCAGCAGAAAGAAGCCCUUAUUCUCUUCUUCAACAGAACAGCUGAAGCUAAAAUCCCAUCUGUCAUUGAAUAUAUCCUGGACCUACUGGAAAGUGGAAGAGAGAAGUUUCUAGUGUUUGCACACCAUAAGGUGGUUUUGGAUGCAGUUACUAAUGAGCUUGAGAGGAAGCGUGUGAAGCACAUCCGCAUCGAUGGCUCCACCUCCUCAGCCGACCGUGAGGACCUGUGCCAGCAGUUCCAGCUGUCGGAGGGGCCCGCCGUGGCCGUGCUGUCCAUCACCGCCGCCAACAUGGGCCUCACCUUCUCCUCGGCUGACCUGGUGGUGUUCGCGGAGCUGUUUUGGAACCCAGGGGUGCUGAUGCAGGCCGAGGACCGGGUGCACCGCAUCGGGCAGUCGAGCUCUGUGGGCAUCCACUACCUGGUGGCAAGAGGCACGGCUGAUGACUACCUUUGGCCGCUGAUUCAAGAGAAGAUUAAAGUUCUGGGUGAAGCCGGGCUUUCUGAGACCAAUUUUUCAGAAAUGACAGAAGCUGCAGAUUAUUUCUACAAGGACCCAAAGCAGCAGAAGAUCUAUGACUUUUUCCAGAAAUCCUUUGACGGAAGCGAUACGGAGCUCCUGGAGGCAGCGGAGUCAUUUGACCCAGGAAGUGGUUCCCAGGACACGGGAGACACACUGGACGAGAGCACAUUGACAGGCAGUCCGCUGAAGAAGAGCAGAUUUGAAUUUUUUGAUAACUGGGACAGCUUCACCUCUCCUCUGUAAGAGGGGCCAAAAAUGCAUUCAAAAUCAUGGAAUUUAUUAAAAUAAAAUGAGGCACUUUUUUGGAAAGGCUGUGUUCCUCUGGUCAUUACCACAGUGUUGGUCUCUGUCUCCAAGCCCAGCGGGUUACCAGGCAUGUGUCAGCAUUUCCUUUCAUUAUGUGUGGGUUUGCUUGGGUCUUAAUUAACCGUAGCUUAACCUACUGAGAAACAGACAGUAGGCUGUAGUAGUGGUGAUUCAUGUUCUUUAAUUAACGAGGUGCUUCCUACACAGGAACCGAAAUCUAGAUUUGUAAAAUGUAUUGAUUCAACAAAUAUUUAUAGAGCACCUCAUGUGUGCCAGGCACUGUUUUCUAGGUGCUGGCAGCAAAUCACCAAAGAAAAGAAGAAAGUACACGCCUUUGCCAAAGUUAUCAUGUAACAGGAGAGGCAAUAGUUCUAUGUUCUAUGAAAAAAAUACAGUAAGCUGAGGGUUUAGAGCAGGGGUUGACAAGCUUUUUCUAUAAAUAGCCAGAUAGUAAUUACUUUGGGCUCUAUGAGCCAGGAUGUCUGUGUUGGAACUACUCAGCUCUGCUUCUGUGGUGCAAAAUCAACCAUUAGAUAAUCCGGAACAAGUGACUGUGGCUCUUUUC